AUGGAAACCUAAUUAUUAUAAACUGAGCUUUGUUGCCAACUUUUUGCUAAAGUUGACGAUAAAAGAUACUUAAUACCACUUAAGAAUCAAAUUGUCAAUGCGAGAGUUAUGAACUCUAUAGCUACGAUUGAGAUAAUUUAAACAUGCUUCAACGAUAGUUCAGAUCCAUUAGAAGUCUUUCUAAAUGUACCAGUUGAAGAGGAUUAUGGAAUUGGAAAACUGAUUGUUUAAAUAGAUGAAAAUAUCAUAGAGGGUAAGAUUCUUGAAAAGAAAAAAGCUAAGGAAAGAUAUGAUGAUGCUAUUGCUGCUGGUCACACUGCUGCUCUUGCCUAAGAAGAGGAAGAAAAAGAAGAAAUCAAAUUGAUAAUAGGAAAUUUACUGCCAGGAUAAAAAGUAUAGGUUCACCUCUAACUCCUAAAUACUUUGAAAAUGGAAGCAGGUGCUUAUUGCUUAAGAGUUCCGAUUCAUUAUUUCCCAGCAUUUAUUUCACAAUCAUACGAGUACACCUACCAGUUUAACCUUGAUAUCUAGUCUAUAAGUCCAAUCACGUAUCUUAGUUACCCAAGUCAAUCGAAAAUUGACUCAACUUAUUCUGAUGAAAAGCUUCAUCGAGUUCAAAUUAGCAAAGAAGGCCAGAGUAUAUUAAAUCUUGAAGAUGAAUUGGUUUAUUACUUUAGAACCAAUGACAUGGAACAGACUGUCUUAUAUUCUUAGGAAUUAGACAGUCAUCCGGAUGAAAUUGCACUGAUGCUUUCAUUUGUUCCUAGCUUUAUUGAAAAAACUGCAACUGAUACUAAUUCUAAUGCCUAGCUCCAAGUUGUUGAGGAUGAAAUGCCAGAUCCUUAAUCUGUUCAAAGUAUCAGUAUAGGAGCCUGCAUGUAUAUUUUCAUAGUAGAUCAAAGUGGAUCAAUGAGUGGGGAUAAAAAUACAAUCACUUGCCAGGCUUUGAUUUUAUUUCUCAAAUCAUUGCCACCUGGAUCUUAAUUUGAGAUUAUCCCAUUUGGAUCUGAUUUCAGAACUUUAUCAGGCAAUCCAGAAGGAUUCUAAUACAAUGAUUAAACCUUGAAUCAAGUUAUCAAUCAAGUAAACAGAUUUUAAGCUGAAAUGGGUGGAACUUCUCUGUAUGAGCCUCUACACCACGCAAUAAAUAAUAUCAAGACUACUUUAAACAAGAGAAUUUUUAUGUUGACAGAUGGAGAAGUACAUAAUAGGUAAGCAGUAUUAGAUUUAGCUGCCUCUUGUCCAUUUGAUGUCAGAAUCCAUACAAUAGGAGUAGGACUUGAUUGUGAUGUUAAACUUGUGAGAAAAUGUGCAAUCCUUGGAAGAGGAUCCUUUAGCAUGGCUGCCUAAAACAAAGAUCUUAAAAGUAUGGUAAUUACUGCUUUAACUCGAGCCAAGGAUCCUACUUACAGUAAUUGCAAAUUUAACUUUAAUCACACUCCAAUCGUUGAAACUAAUACUCUAAAAUAUAAAUUAAGAUCUAAGAAUUCCUAUGAAUUGUAUUCAAACGAAGUUUUCAUGCUAUGUAUUUUAAUUCCUAAGAAAUUCUUUCAAAGUUUUACACUAAAACUAACUAGUGAUGUUCAUCCAAUCUAAAACAAAGUCUUAAAUUAAGAGUGGGACUAGAAACAUUUCUCUCCAAUAGAAAAAGGAGAUGAGCUCUUUAAGAUAGCAGCAAGAAUGAAAAUUAAUCAGAUAAGCUAAGAUAUAUUAAGUUCAAAAAGUAACUACUUUUAGUCUAUCAAAGAGAAGUAAAUUGAGGAAUUAUCAUUAAAGUACUAAGUAUUGAGCAAAAUGACUUCUUUCUUAGCAGUAAGCAAAAAUGAUGAUUAACCUCUUGGAGAACUUAAGGCAACCAUUUUGAACAAAAUUGAGAAAUUACCAAAUCAAGAUUUAGAUCGAUUUCACUAUGAUAUAAGUUUUACUUGCUGUGCAAUUAAUCAAGAUGAGGGAGCUGAAUGUGAUGAUGAUUCUUGGUAGCAAUUCUCAUAUGACCCUCCAGACAUAGACUGUAAAUUAGAAAUGAAUUAAAAUUAUUACGAAGUCGAGUAAGAAUAUUGUAAUAAAUACGAAGCUAAGAAUGAACUAGAUAAAGCUGAAGCUGUCUGCCUCGGCAAAGCAGUAUUGGAGUGUGAUAAUGAAAUUAUAGGAGCUAUGAGUAAUGAAAAACAUGAGGAAAGUAAGCAAUAUCUAUAAUAGGAGGAUAAAAUUUAGAGUCCUAGACAUAUUUUGAUAGCAGACACUAGUUAUAAUAUAAUUACUAAGUAAGAUUUACCAAACCGAUCCAUCACCUUAGAUGAAUUGAUAAUUGAUUAAUCGAGCAGUGGAUAUUGGAGAAGUAUUGAUUUGAUUUAGAGUUUCAUUAAGGAAGAUAUCAAAUCUGAUUAAGUGUUCAUUCAAGAAAUAAUGGAUGCUAUUUCUGAUAAGAGUGCUUUUGAAUAAAUUCUUUUGACAUUGGUUGCAUUGAUGAUACUAGCCAAGAAAUUUGGUAAAAAGAAGUCAGAAUGGUAGUUGAUUGCUCAAAAGGCAAGAGAUUUCGUCAAAGCACAAGGUAUUUAAAAGCCAGAUAAUCUUGUGAAGAAAAUAAGUUAUUCCAUACUUUGA